CUUGUCAAUCUAUGCACUCCUCUUUAUCACUGUAUGAUCGCUGCAUGCGGCUGGCCUUUCGAUGCAGGCGUGAGCCGAGCGGCUUCUGAUAUGCGCGGGUCGUAAGUGAUAGCACUUCUUCAGCACAUGACUACUCUAUCGCCGCGUUCUGUACGGUGCACCAUAUGGUGCGCGGCUUGCCCGACGGAGCAUCGGUUGUAUAUAUAGGUGGUGAUGACGGCGUGGGACGCCAGUCGACGCUGUCUGCACCCAGAGGCACAGUCCAGGGAAAGUCGCGCCAAUGACACGACUCGUCGCCGCCGCAGUUGCUCUUGUGGCCCUCCAGGGAGUAACUGGACAAACAUGGUGCGGCAAGAAUUACAUGGCGUCCUCGCCAGUAGUGCCUCCUGGCGGACAGUUCCCCGUACCAGCCGUAUCAUCCCAGCCGCACCUGGCCCUACGCUGCGCCCCGGUCAUCAAACCAUAUCUGCCUGAGGAUGCAUCCACUUCUGCAGGGAUCCUCAUCGACGCGCCUAUCACGUUUUCCCAAAUACAGGGCGCGGUACCUAUCGACCUACCAGUCCGUGGAGCGCUGGGAGAUCUGCUUGUGACGGUGAAGGUAGACGGCCGGACCCUUGCCAGUGGACCUGUGGCUGUCAAUGCAAGCAAAGUGGAGCUCCCGUUCUCGCUCAAGAGUCUCAAGCCGCAGGCUACUCCGUUCGACGUGGAGUGUUCGGCGACUUUCGCUACAGCUGGGGCCAAGGACAAGCACCAGACGUUCACGGCGAAAACGACUCUGUCGUACCUCCCGGACCCCCCUGAUGGCCGAUCCGUGACGAAGAUGGACCUGCGUACGGGCGCGCUGCUCGCAAAGCCUGCGACCGGAAAAGGAGGGGCCUAUGAGACCGUCUUCCCCGUCGGUUUCUACACAAACUUCGGUGGGUACCUGGACUCGAAUUUGUCGCUCAUCAACGACAUCAAAUCACAAGGCUUCACUGUGGUACAUCCAGUCCCAACGUUCGACAACCUCACAGCACUCGCGCUAGCGGUCGAGCGCAUGGAGGAAGUCGGACUCUACCUGAUGUACGACAUGCGCUGGACCUAUAUGAAUAACACCGCCGUCACCGAGGAAGUGAACCGCAUCAAGAAUAGUCCUGCACUUCUGCUCUGGUACACCGGCGACGAACCGGACGGCACUUCGGACCCCCUCAACGCGACGACGAUCGCGUACGACUUGAUCUACUCCCUCGACGGCUACCACCCCGUCUCACUCGUCCUGAACUGCGAGAACUUCUUCUGGUCGGAGUAUACCGCAGGCGCCGACAUCGUCAUGCAGGAUACGUACAUGGUUGGCAUCAACGCGACGUUCUCUACUGUUUGGAACACGACCUGCACUCCGGACUACGGCGACUGCGGCUGCGACAACUGCCACGGCGAGUUUGAAGAUAUCAGCACCCGCAUGGACGAGUUCGCCGAGCGGAGCUUUGUUGACGGCUGGGAGCUGUCAAAGGCCGCAUGGACCGUUCCGCAGGGCUUUGGUGCCGACUCGUACUGGAGCCGGGAGCCCACUGGGAAGGAAUUCGUCGUCCAGAGCGUCCUCGGGAUCAACCACGGUGCACUCGGUGUUGUGUCAUGGAACGCUCCCACGACGGCGGAUAUCACCGCCUCCGCCGCCGCACUCUCCAGGUCGCUCACAGUCAUGAAGGACUUCAUCCUCAGCCCGAAGGCGGCCUUUGAGCACGUCGUCGUCGACCGUGUGGACGUCGGCCUGUGGACCGUCGGCGGGCGCACGCUCGUGCUCGCGACGAACCUCAACUACGCUCCAGCCCGCUUCGACCUGAGCCAGGUGCGUGGGCUCGCUCUCAAGGCUCUGGUGGCCAAACAGGCGCUGGACAGCGGCGCGAAGUUGAGCGGGCACGUCAUCGAGCUGGAGAGCGUCGGCACAGGAGGCUUCAUUCUUGGAAUUUGAGUCGGCGUCGGACUGUAUGCGCACGUUGGGUUGCGUCCAAAAUUCGCCCGAUAAUUUGUACUUCACUCGAGUGCACCAAAUGGAAUCG